AUGAAUCGAUUCACGUGUAUGGUGUUGUGGACGAUGACGUUACCUGUCUGCAUGGAAGCAAUCCACGGGAUAUACACUUUCGGUCAACCCGAGUUAUUUCACAAAAAGAGUAACUGCAAAUCUAUUCCUGAGACUCUCCACCUCUGUCACGACAUAGAAUAUGCCGAGAUGAGGCUACCGAACCUUCUUGGGCAUGAAACUAUGAACGAGGUACUACAGCAAGCAUCAUCCUGGAUUCCUUUGGUCCAGAAACAGUGUCAUCCAGACACCAGGAAGUUUCUCUGCUCCCUGUUUGCCCCCGUCUGCUUGGACGAUUUGGACGAGCCUAUUCAACCUUGUCGGUCCCUCUGCGAGAACGUAAAACAAGGCUGCGCCCCGGUGAUGUCCGCUUUUGGCUUCCCGUGGCCAGACAUGCUCGACUGUAGCCGCUUCCCACCAGAUAACGAUCUGUGUAUACCUCCAGCUGCCACGGACAAUUUAGUGCCCGCUACUAAGGAAGUGCCAAAGGUGUGUGAUGCGUGCAAAGAAAAGGAAGAGAACGACAACGAAAUUGUUGACAACCUUUGUAAAAAUGACUUUGCCCUAAAGAUCAAAGUAAAGGAAAUCGCUUACAUAAACGGAGACACCAAAAUCAUACCGGAGUCCAAGAGCAAGACCAUCUACAAGCUGAACGGGGUGACGGAGCGUGAUCUGAGGAAGACUGUUCUGUGGUUGAAGGACGGUCUCCAGUGCACCUGUGACGAGAUGAAUGACAUUAACGCUGCUUACCUUGUAAUGGGGCAAAAAGUGGACGGGAACCUGAUCAUCACUUCCCUGAAGCGAUGGCAGCGUGGCCAGCGCGAAUUCAAGAGAAUUUCGCGCAGCAUCCGCAAGCUUCAGUGCCAAAUGUCCACUUGA